AUGUCGGGCAAAACAAAACCGAGAUGUAAAAAUCACUUUCUCUUUUUUGGUGGUAUCUAUUCCGUCAUUAAAUCAAAAGCACCAGUUACCACAGCAGAAUAUGGAGACCGAUACACUCUUAUCGGUCCUCUCAACAGGCAAUCGGCGGCAGUGGAAGUCGAGGCAUUAACACCAACGAACCCCCACCUUGCGCAAACGAUUAGAAGCCAGGAAGAGAGAGGAAUUCAAAUGGUAUAUGGCCGCUGGUUUUUGGAUGAGUGGAAAGGCGAACUUGUGGAAUACGGCGGGAAUUCCCAUCUUCCGCCUGGUGAUGACGAAACCAACGAAGCCGUUGUCUUCGGUUACUUGGUUGCGUGGUUCUUGGGAGAGUUCGUCGCACAUGAAAAAGAAAAGGCCGUCAUCGCACAUUUCCACGAAUGGCUCUCUGGUGUCGCACUUCCUCUGUGCAAAAAGCGCCGAAGAUAUCUCUGUGCAGGAUCCGUGGACUUUUACAACAACUUACAAUGGUUUGACGUGGAUGCCGAGGCAGGAAAACGUGGUAUCUAUCACAGAUACUGCAUAGAGCGUGCAGCGACGCAUUCUUGCGAUGUCUUUACCACUGUUUCACACAUCACAGCAUAUGAAUCUGAGCAUCUCUUGAAGAGAAAGCCAGAUGGUGUUCUUCCCAAUGGUCGGAAUGUCACCAAAUUCUCUGCCAUGCACGAGUUUCAAAACUUGCAUCAACAAGCAAAGGAGAAGAUCCACGAUUUUGUCAGAGGACGAUAUGAGUACAGAAAUAAGGGUGUUGACAUGUUCAUAGAGUCAUUGGCUCGUUUGAACCACCGCCUCAAGUCUGCUGGAUCAAAGAUGACCGUGGUCGCAUUCAUCAUUAUGCCAGCACAAACCCAAUCAUUAACUGUCGAAGCUCUCAAGGGACAAGCCGUAAUCAAAUCGUUACGUGACACUGUUGACGUUAUUGAACGCGGUGUCGGAAAGAGAAUUUUCGAGCGUGCCCUUAAAUGGCAUGAGGGUGAAGUGAUGCCUGAUGAGAAAGACUUGAUCACCAGUCAAGAUCGUAUCCUUCUCCGCAGACGUCUGUUUGCUAUGAAGAGACAUGGACUUCCACCGAUCGUCACUCAUAACAUGGCAAAUGAUUCUGAAGAUCCAAUUCUGAACCAGAUCCGCAGAGUCCAAUUGUUCAACCAUCCUUCGGACCGUGUGAAGGUCGUCUUCCACCCAGAGUUCUUGAACUCUGCCAAUCCAGUCCUUCCAAUGGACUACGAUGAGUUCGUAAGAGGUACUCAUUUGGGUGUCUUUUCUUCCUACUAUGAACCAUGGGGUUACACACCAGCAGAGUGUACAGUCAUGGGUGUGCCAAGUAUCACAACCAACUUGUCAGGUUUCGGUUGUUAUAUGGAGGAGUUGAUUGAAAACUCAACGGAUUACGGUAUUUAUAUCGUCGACCGUAGAAUGAAGGGUGUCGAUGACUCGGUGAACCAACUUACCAGCUACAUGUUUGAUUUUGCUGGCAAGAGCAGACGUCAACGUAUCAACCAAAGAAAUCGUACCGAGCGAUUGAGCGAUCUUCUCGACUGGAAGCGCAUGGGAAUGGAGUAUGUCAAGGCAAGACAAUUGGCGUUAAGAAGAGCAUACCCUGCAUCAUUCGACGGCGAAGAAGAGGAUGAUUUCAUUCCUGGCGUGGAACAAAAGAUCUCCCGUCCAUUCUCAGUACCCGGAUCCCCAAGAGAUAGAACCGGUAUGAUGACACCUGGUGAUUUCGCCAGUCUGCAAGAAGGUCGUGAAGGUUUGAGCACGGAAGAUUAUGUUUCCUGGAAGCUCCCUGAAGAGGAAGACCCAGAUGAGUACCCAUUCCCACUCACCCUCCGAACCAAGAAACCAAACGGAUCUCAGAGUCCAUAUGGCGGCGCACAAAGCCCAUCGGAGUAUGCCAUAACUAAUGGAAACGGGAUGAAGUAA